ACGGCCAUGUUACUAACUUCAGCGUCUUUGUUAUUGCUUACUGUCGUAAGUGAAGCAAACUUGGAGUUUUCAGAAGAUAUGGAAAACGGUUUUACAGUUGGUUGGGAAUUUGAUGGCGAAGAUAUAAUAUUUGAAGUCUCCGCGCCAACUUUGGGAUGGGUCGGGAUUGGAUUUUCAGAGACAAAAUCGAAGAAAAAAGCGGAUCUCAUCAUGAUGGGCAUGAAAGAUGGAAAACCAUAUGCUUGGGAUGCAUACUCCGAUAUGACGGGAAUGGUGCAGAUAGAUUUCGAUCAAGAUGUGACAAUACUUGACAGUGCUGAAAAUGGAACAACCUACAUGAAAAUUAAACGAUCACUUAAAACUAAAGAUGCAACAAGAGACAACGAGAUAUUUGUAAAGUUUUUAUGUUUACAUUCACAAAGGAGACAAUAACUUUCUCUGGG